CUCAGGCAAAAAUAUUAAUCAUGGAGAACACCGAAUUCGAUUCCGUCGCGGAAUAACCCGCUCGCCUACAGGGAACUUUCCGAGUCAUCGCUUCAAAUGAAUACCGCCGUAGCUAUCAUCAACCCAUUCUCGAGCACAUGGGGACUACUGGCCUCGUAUCCCUCAUCGCCAACAAGUUCGAGGAAGAGGGUUCCUUAAUGUUCAAUUAUUGUAAAAUCCCGCGAGAGUACAAUUCAAAACAACUAAAGGACCCCGGAUAUCACUCGGUCCGGAUAAACGCGGUUGCCCUUCCUUCAAGGUCCGACAACGGGAACCACUUGUUGAACGAGUUUUAGUCACGACGCAGAGUCUCGUGGCGCCAGCGUACAUGACACGCUUCAAAGAGGUACAUGACUUUGCUUCAAGUCAGUACACUUCUAUUGCUAGCGAUGACGCUAAAUCCCGCCUCCAACAUAAACUCUCAUUUUCUCACGGCGACGGCAUCAACAUGCACUGGCAGUCUGGCAUGCCUUCUGACUUACCAUUCCCACUGGCGUCACUGGGUGACUCGUCGGCUGCAACUCUUGACAGCCACAAGACAAGCGGAGAAUCACCCAAUCACGACAAAAUCAGCUCACCAAAUCCCUCCCGUGGCGCAAAAAGGUUUCGAAACCCAGCUCACGGAUUCCCCUACUCCCACCCACUCCCACCCGUAAUCCGGACGGACGGACUUUCCACAAACGCAUCCGUCCCCGGGAUCAAAAUUCUCUGGUAUUAUCCGGGGUCCCUGCCACGCACCUUCCCCAGUUGGCUCCUUCAGGGCCGCGCAUGGCGUGAGAUCGCCAAAAUGACGCUGGCACAUAUUCAGGUACCUCGUUCCUGCGCCGAGGAUCGUCAGGAGGAAAUCCGAGGACAGCAUUCCAUCACCGGUUACGUGGAAAGUUCACCGGCGGCUACUACGUCUCCUACGGAGAGGUCAGUCAGGAUGUGCAGGGACGUCAUAUUCCUUGUAUUGAUAGCAAGUCGUGACGGAAGAAGAACCACAAACCUCGACCCACAGUGAUGUGAUGUGAUCGCGCACUCAAUUAUUCAAUUGACUGAUCGACAAUCCUCUAUUGCACUAAAUGUCUUGGCAGAAUAUGAACCCCACGACGAUCGUAUGUAGGGGACUUCUACCCACUUACUUCUCUGUCGCACCGCCGGACAGCGAUAUCCAUAGGACUGCAUAGAUAAGCACCGCCUAACCGUGAUCCUGUGGAACUUGUCAUAACAUGCUCCAAUAUCUUUUCAACUCCCAUUGCGAAAACCGGACAGGUUUACAUACUACGACCAGUUUCGGUACU